UUUAAAAGGAAGGUUGUCCUCUCGAAUCAAUUCACAGUCUUCUUCUUCCUCCUCAUCAGCCAUUAUUAUUAUCCAAGCUCUGUUUUCUUUUUAAAUAAUCAUAAUAAACAGAGAAAGCCCUAAAUUUGGAUUCUAAUUUUGGAAGACAAACAAAUUGUUUUUUCUCUUUUCCAAAAACAAACUUGUGAUCCCUUAGUGUAAUAACAAUCAUCGUCAUCGUUUAACGUUAACGUUAAUGAAUGGCUGUGGAAACAAUGUCCAUGAGAUCAGAUUCUGCAUCAGCUUUGAUUCUAACGUCAGGAGCAAGCGGUCGCGUUAGGGCUCUCUUCUCCAUGCGAGAGCUCAAGCGCCUCUUUACCAUCAUCCACUCGCUCGUUCUCUUCCUCCUCCUCCCGUUUCGCGCCGUCCUCUGGCCUCCGAGGAAGGUGCGAGCCACGCCGCAGCAGAUCGUGGUGAAGAAGAGGAGCAUCAGCGUUUCGCCUCCGCUGGUUCCGGCUGCGGUGGUUGAUGAGGAGGUUGCGGUUAGACGGGAGCUCGCGAUAAGGCGAGUUCUGGAAGAUGAAGGCGGCGGCGAUGGAAGCUGCCGCGUCAGAGAUUAUUCGCUUUUCACGACGAAGAGAGGCGACACGUUGUUUACUCAGUCAUGGUCUCCUCUUUCCCUAACCCACAAGGGACUUAUUGUUCUGCUACACGGAUUAAAUGAGCAUAGUGGCAGGUAUAGUGAUUUUGCAAAGCAGCUUAAUGCUAAUGGAUUCAAAGUCUAUGGAAUCGAUUGGAUAGGUCAUGGUGGAAGUGAUGGACUUCAUGCUUAUGUUCCUUCCCUUGAUUACGCUGUUGACGAUUUGAAAUCAUUUCUUGACAAGGUUCUCGCAGAGAAUCCAGGACUCCCUUGUUUCUGCAUUGGACACUCAACAGGAGGAGCCAUCAUCCUCAAGGCUAUGCUGGAUCCUAAGAUCGAAUCUCGAGUUUCAGGCAUUGUAUUGACUUCACCGGCUGUUGGAGUCCAACCAUCUCAUCCAAUCUUCACAGUUCUUGCACCAAUCGUUGCGUUUUUGUUACCAAGGUACCAGUUCAGUGCAGCAAACAAGGAAGGAGCGCGAGUUUCUCGUGACCCUCAAGCUCUCCUCACCAAAUACUCUGACCCUUUAGUCUUCACCGGAUCCAUACGGGUUCGAACCGGCUACGAGAUCCUUAGAAUCGCUUCUCAUUUGCAGCAAAACUUGAACAAAGUGAAAGUUCCUUUUCUUGUGAUGCACGGUACAGCAGAUUCCGUGACUGAUCCUAAUGCCUCCAAGAGGCUAUUCGAGGAAGCUUCUUCGUCAGACAAAUCAAUGAAGCUAUUCGAAGGGUUGUUGCACGACCUCCUCUUCGAGCCUGAACGAGAUAUCAUCGCUGGAGUGAUACUGGAUUGGUUAAACCAAAGGGUUUAAGCUUCUUCCAUACCAGUAAUUACUAUCACGUCUGAUCAAGAAUCUCUUGGUUCAGACAAAAGGAAUAAUAUAGUCUCGUGGAAAUUUCUGUGUAACUGGACUGAGAAUCAUGAGGAAGAAAAACUUAAAAUGAGUUCUUUGUGAAUUAACAACUUCUUACGAUAGCGAAAAGACAAGAAGACUCAAGAAACUGGACUCUCUUUCUAUUCAUUGGUCUCUCAGAACAUUUUGACGCCAGUAUGUUGUCAUAUUAUCAAUAAUACUUUUGUAACCUCGAGGGUUGUAUUAUUUCAUCUAUUUACUACAUUCAUGCUAGUUCGUAUUUAUAUGGAAUCUAUAUGAGAUUUUCUGGUUUUGAUU